CAAAAUGUUUCCAAAAUCGAAAACACUUUGUUUCCAACUCCUUUGAGCGUGUAGCAUGCCGCAGCCAAUGCGUUACGAACUGUCAAAUUCAGCAGCAAAGGAGAGAACAAAACAAAACUCGCUCCCGCGAGAACUUGUUGUUUUGCUUUCGAGCGUGUUUUCGGUUCGUUUUUUUGUUUUUCCGUCGCGAUUUUGCUCGUUAAUUCGCUCGUUCCUCGACCCGGGACCACUACGGUUGUGGAACAAAACGCCGGUCUCAUCCUCCACCGAUUCUGCAGCGUGCACAUCCGCCGGGAGUUUGGUGAGAUACUGCCUUUCCUUCGAAGUGUCAACAUCCCGUUGUUCUAACGGGACCACCACGGCCAAAGAUCACGUCGGGGUUAAAAAUUACAACGUUGACUGACGUGUUUCUGGCACACUCCGGAAAGGACGAAAAGGUACGCUGAAUGUGUUGGAUUAGGCCAGAAUCGAAAGAAUAUGGUCACGCAGCCGGCAGCUGUCGUUAUUUUCAAAAAGCUGGAACCGGGUUGGGCUUAUUGCUAGCAAGGUGAGUAAGAAACUCUAUUUCUAAGUAUUAAAAUUGAAAAAAAUGUUCCAUUUGCAGCUUUUCUCUUUCAAUAAUUCUUCCACCAAGUUUGCGCCCCGAAAAAAUCCCGCUCCGCUGGACUAAGCCGGUACGUUUCACUCAACAUCUCCCGGUCGUAUGACAACGAUGAUGAUGGAAGUUUAGUUUUGGAGUUUCAAGAAGUUUGCCACAACGGAACUGCCGAUCGCAUCGAGAAGCCGCGGAACAUGAAGAACCACAAAAACCUACUCAAAGAUUUUGUAAGCCUGUCCAGGAGUUGGAUUACAACCGGCAACUCCAACAAAUCAGUGGCAUGUUCAGCGAGCUUGAACCUUCCUCAACACAGCAGUCUUAAGAUUGGCCCUCGCCGGACGUUAGGCCUCGAGCUGAUGCCGAUUAGGGAUCAUUUUCGGAAAUGGAGCGAGCUGAUGGCCGGAUUCGACAGUAACUUCAAGAUGGUCCUUGUUCAGACAAGUUUUGCCUUCCUUAUCGAUUGCAUCGUGAGUUCAGCAAACGUCUUAACAGGUCUGACUGCUGGCGUAGAUUCUGUCCCGCCAGCAGGGCGUACAAAAGGAGGGAACCCGUUCAAGGUGGAUGGUCUUAUCUGGGAGGCCGCUCCGCUCAAGUCGAUCCUCGAGGUGGAGGUCGCAUUUGGAAUCGCGAUGGUGACGCUCUGCUUUGGCAUCAUGUGGCGCCAGAUGCUCCAGAGUUAAUCGAGCUCCGUCUGCACCAGGACCUUUCCCGAAGGCACAAAGAGGAAAAAAAACUUCUAAAACAAGGAGAACUUCCAGCGGUACGUGAAUCCGUUCAGGGGAAGCGCGAAGCGCUUCGCGAUGCCACGGAACCGAGUCUUUAUCCGGCCCCAGAAAUCACCAUGAUCGCCGGCCCGAGCACGCUGCACCGUUCUCAGUAGCACCUCUAUUCGGGUGGCCAUGCCGCCGACGUCACCGAGUACAAGAAGGAUCUGGACAAGGCGGAGGCUGUCGACCGGAAUUCACACACCCUGCUGCACGAAACGCAAACCGCCGACGUCAUCAUCAAAGAAAUCGCCACCGCGAUGACGGUGCCGGCCUCGAAGAGCAAGAGGAGCAUCAACGAGUGUACGGCGGCCACGCCUCCUUCUCCUCCUGCUGCUAGCACCGAACACACGUCACGGAAAGCAAUGUACUAACGGCGGCAACGGUGCCCAGCAAUUCCCAGCUGCAUCACGGACAUCGAUUCCGGUUUGUCUGCCAGAUCAGGAGAGUAGGUUCGUUCGAACCGUCACCGCUUGGUCCGUGUUUUUGACAAAGCUUUCAAAAGCAACACACAACUCGAUAGAUCUAGAAUUCCGUAGUGAACCACUUACGCAAUUUGUUUGGUUUGUUUUUGAAAUAAAAUAA